CAAGGCUGAAAAUAGUAGAAUACCUUAGAUACUGAAAAGAGCAAGAGGCUUUUUAGUUUUAGACAAGGAUCAUGAGGCACGACGGACUGGAUAUCGAGAGUGUUGGGAGCGCUCGUGACUCUCCCUCAGACGAAGGCACGCCCUCAGACGAGUGUGGAGACUCUCCCGGCAAAGAUGCUGAGGUGCACGCCCUGCUUCGAAGGAAGCACGUUUCCGGAAAGGGGCAAAGGGACUUGUUAAGGCCUAGUAUAGUUGUCUCUAGAUCUUCUACUUGUGCUCCAGUGAUGAAUACUUAAUUAAGUACACUUCUCUGUUACCUGUAGUAAGCAAACGAACUUGGACGAAACUUGUCAAGUUGUAGUGCGAAGCAAGAUGAGAUGCGGAAUGUCUUUGUCUACUUUCUAAGACGGGGCUCUGCUCCCUCGUCCGCUCCUUCUUCCUUGUUGAAAGAUGAACGCGGCAACCAAGAAACUGGUGGCAAAAAGAACCGUCCCCGUUCCACUUGCGACAGACGAUGCUGCGCGUUCUCAUGGUGUCGGGUCGGGACCAUCACCACGAUUCUUUUUCUCUUCUCCGCGUGCCUUUACUUCUACUUAUGGUUCUCAAUCAUAAGUCAUAACAGGACUUUUCUAUUAUUCUUUCUGCAAGUGCUGGUUAAACGUCAUGUUCGUAGUUCUCGUACUACACCUGCAAGUAGUUUACAGGAAAAAAAACGAAAUAGCAAGUUAUUUUCUUUUCUUAAGAUGAAGAGUUGGUUAGUAUCGAAGUAUCAUAGUGUGAAGGAUAAUGCCAAGGCCAAGACAGCUCUUCUAACUUUGCAUGAUGCAGUCCUCGAGUUUCUUGGCGAGAAGGGGUCGCGAAUAGGGCAAUUUUAUCCCUUUGCAGCAGAGCCGUCGAGCAGCACGUUGCAAACCUCCCAAGAAGAGGUUAUCAAUUGCGGGUUGGUAACUUGCGGAGGUAUUGAAGAGCAGCUCCGUAUAAAUAUAUCUCUUCAUGCUUGAACUCUCUCUUCAUGAUGCUUCACGACCCCACAGUACUGAUUAUCCACUGGGACUCUGCUAUGCAGUUGAAGUUCACAUUGUUACCUCAAGAAUUGCAUACUGUUAUUAUCACUUCAAGUGUAUCUUCCGUUGGUAUUUUUUUUCGUUUUUUCUUUCAGGAUCUUCCUCCACCGCUUCUUCCUCAUCGGCUGCAGCAGAGGAGAAAGCGGCUGAUCAAAAAGCCGUCGGGACUUCUUCGACUUCUCCCAUACUAGGAAGCGGGGCUGCUGAUUCUUCUACUGGUGCUGCUGAUCCCUCUACUGGUGCCGAUUCUUCUACUGGGGCUGCUGAUCCACCUUCUGCUGUUGCAGCUGGUGAUAAUCGUGCUGCUGAUCAUAGUAGUGGUCAUGGUACUUCUGAUCAUAGUACUACUGAUCUUCAUAGUACUGAGCCUGGUGCUGAUACAACAAGUGAUCCUCGUGCUGGUAAGGGAGCAGGUGAUGGAUCUAGAACGAGUGAUACUGCAUCAAAAAAGCAAGGAACAGAAGAAGAAAAAAAUGCAGAAGAAAGAGAAGAGGACGAAGAGGCUCGUCUGAGUAUUGCUGCUGAACCAGAAGUCUCGCCAGCCGCGCCUGAUCUCACGCAGCAGGAGGGCACGUUGGACAAAGAUUCUUUAGUAGAUCUUGACUGCCUCACGACAGACAAUUGCAAGGCUAUAAUUCGUCACCCGGCAGACCCUGGUUUACAUUCGAGCGGGGCAGAGCCCACGGACAUCGGGAUCUACAUGUGCCCAGGACGAGAAUCUGCUACGCAGCAGGCGGAUCGUGCUAUAGGUAUCGGUAGCCUAUUCGCGGGACAGAAGAUCCGCCCGCCGAUCACCUGUGCUACAUUCACCAAGAAGUUCAUCAAUGAUGCGGCUAAUCAUCUCUGGGCCGGCAAGGAAAGCAGCACCACCUCACCCAUCUUCGAGAAGCUGGGAUACGACGAAACGCGAAACGGCCGUCAAAUCAUUAGGGAAGGGUCAGCUAGUGCCGAAAUAGCUCGAAAACAGAAUAGUGUUCGAUGAAAAUAGAAACUGGAGCAGGAGUUAAGUUAUUUUUUUUUCGGCUCUUAGUUUCUUGACUAAUCGCCUACUUCUAGUCCACACAUAUUAGUUUGGGCCAUCUCUGCUUCCUCAACAUACAGCAACAACACGUGUUUCUCGAUUUUUUCUAAUUUUUCCUGGGCCGCUGGUGUCGAAGCCGACGACGCUUGUUGCCGUGAUAGCGAGCUCUCAAAGGACGACUCAGAUACCAACUGGCCUCCCGUUUUUGUAGGGAUCUCGAUAUGGGGCCCCCCGUCUUGCAUCCCGAACCCACAGAAAACUUGCCAGUGGAGUGUCCGGGUUAAGGCCGAUUAAUUAUAUUUAUCAUGUCCGAAGUUUUUUUGGCGUUGGCAGGCAUUAAGAAUGUGCGGACGUAGUUGCCUGGCACGCAAGUAGAAUUUGUGCCAGUAGAAAAGUGACAAGCACUACGGCGGGCUUUCGGCCUGACACAUCUUGAAGAGUGCUGCAGCUGUGAUCUGCGAAGCGCUUGCGCGGAUGAACAUUUCUUUGUGACCUUCCUCUAAUAAUGACGGCGAGCCGAGCCUCCACAAAUUCGCUGGAAACGUUUUAUAAGGCGUCCUCUAUUAUUCAUUAUCCAGCAUCUCCAUAACGAAGAUCCCUCAGCCGUAUCUACCCGCCUUCAAAUACAAGGGAGACAUUGUUGAGGCAUAGACUUGAGGGAUCCCCACGACAGGGAUGAACUAGGUGGAGGGGUCUAAUUUUUGUGUAGUGGUCCCAAGUCUGGGACGUCCUAUCUAGAUAAUAUUAAUGCUGUGGUCAUCGAAACGAUAACAGAGAAGAUAUUUCCGAAUCGCCUCGGCAAUGUUUUAUUUCCCAUGAAGGAGGCGAAAGCGGAUGCAUCCAUUCGUUGCGAGGUAAUAACGAAGGGCUUUGUCGAUGAAAACCUGCUUCGGCCUGCCCUGGAAAACGUUACGGAUACAACGGAUUAUUUCUAUGUAUCUAUAGGCAUAUGGAUUAUUUCUAUGUAUAGUUCACUACUUCUUCUCACUAAAUAAAAUACGCUGCCCAUCCCUUCCAUGUAUAGCUGUUUUCGAAUCAAGCACGCUCUUCACAGUAUUGAAAGCGAAACAAGCCUACUUUUAGCUGGUACAAGAUCAUCAACGGCUGGAUGCACGCACUCGCUCUAAUGUGACAACGCCAAAGUCGAAGAGGGUCCGUGACUGGUUUGCUAGGCAGAGUUGGUCGGAGCAAGGUGUUCCUAGCUGGUCGAACUCCGAUGAGACCAAUGACGCGGUGUGCUGUGUGAAUGGUAUCUACUAUCCCUUGAAGAUAUUGUUUUUUAUUUCAUUCUUUUCUUUCUUUUGGGUUUGGCGGGACUUUGUUCAUUUUCAUUUUUUUCCAUAUCACGCAUUUCGUAUUCGUUUUCAUUUAUACUUAGUAAGUCGAUUUUGUCGUCGAUGUUUGUCUUCUGGUGGUGCUGGAAGUUGGUCGCUAAUUCAACAUCUAACCACAGCUGAAGAAGAGAGACUACGACUGAGGGCCCAGAAAAUGAGUGCAGAGGCGAAUGCGUUAAAGUGCGAGCCGAUCGCAAACAGGUGCAUGGUCGAAUGUGAGGCUAGGCCUGUUAAGGCUAGGUUAUCACUAUACCAUGUGGACUAUGCUGAGUGGAGUGCCUCUUGAUUUAAAGGAAGAACCAAGGCGGAGGAAAAAGGGUACCUCACUCAACUAGGGAAAAACUAUCUAGCUUUAAGUGGAAGUUUACCCAGACAGACGCACUCGCAGAAGGAGCCGUUUACAAAGAAGCAGGGGCAUUUUUCUGCAGUAGGAGCUCUCCGGUGAUGCAGAGGCAGCCUGAUGGUAUUCAGAACUGUGCAAGCAUCACGCGAAUGCUGAUAGACAGAGUGAGUAAACAGAAUCCACCUGCUGACAGCGCAUGGGCAGAGGCUUUCGAACAAGCAGCGGAACACAGGGACAAUGUGUGGAAACUUAGGUACGAGCCGGGCCAAGGAGUCACGUGGGAGAGGCAGGGGCAGAAUGAAGAUGAGCCCUGCUGCAAGGAGAGCCCAUCAAUUGGUAUCAUCUUCUUUGUGAUGAGUAUCGUGUUGUAGAAGUUUGUUGUAGUUUUCAUCUCGAUGCUGCUCUUGUGGUCUCUUCUAGAGAGUUCUCAUGGAAAGUUUUUCAUCGAGUAGCCCAAAAUGAAUACUUCAAGUACAAAUCUACAACAUGGAAUCAGCAUGGUAUUCAAAUAUAUCGACUUGAAAAUCACAGGUCCGCAUGAUUUUUUUAAAUGAGGGAGAUAUGCCUUUAUCAGACUGGCACUAUCAUGAGUGGUCAUGAGACAGGAUCGAGCUAAAGGCCCGAGGCGAAGUAUCUCGGAUGGAGGUCAACUCAAAUAAGUCAGGAGUUGAGCAAAGGUACUGACGAGCCUUAGUCUCAAGGGGUGGUAUGGUGAUAUCUCGGGUGGACGAGAUGAAAUAGACACUAUCAUAUGAAACUUCAUCUUCUAAAAAGUAAGCUAUCCAGCAUCUUCUUCUGAGAUGUAGCAACUUGUACAACAAGAUGGAUAAUGUUCAAUUGACGACCCUGUACAAGACGACAUUGACUACAAGUAUGCUAUACAAGAACCCCACUACUACCGAAGAACAGCUACUACUUGUCGACGAAUGGCCACUGACUAAUGACCACUCAGUGACCACUGUGGUGACAAAUGGCCACUCAGUGUUGACUGAGUAAGCUGAAAUGACCAUCUACAGCCAACAACCCCAUGACCCGCGCUGCUAAAAAUGCU